GUCCUCUGCAUGAAUGUAUCCCACACAUUACUGGAGGGUCCCGAAAGACGAGAUCUAAGCAACCCAUCCCGCCAUGAAUCUCUAUCUCGUUGACAAGAGUCCAAAGUAAUCAAUAAUAAUACAUGUAUCGAGGUCUAUAGUCUAUAGUGGGGCCGGUUGAGAGAAUAAAAUAACUAUUCGGUUGGGCACAUAAACGCACUCGUGAUUUUCUAGAUCAUAGGGCGUAACGGUCAGGUGACGGAAACACACGUCAGAGGGAGAGAGGCGAACGAGCGAGAGAGAUCUGGUGUGCAGAUCCUGUUUCAUGUAUAAUCUAUGUGCCCGGGUCACCGGCGUCAGUAUAGGUUGAUAUCAGCUCUCUCGACUGUGUCGCCUCAGAUCCUCAGAAACCUGCAUCUUCCAAGACCUUGCAGCACCAAACGAGUGACCGCCAUGAUGUACUUGACAUCACGUGACUUGAGGAGCAUCGCCGUCUUGUUUUUGUCCUGUGUGGCUUGUGUCAUGGCCAAGCCUGCAGUGACCAGAACCCUGGCGCCAUUAGAGGCGCCUGUCAUUG